ACUGGUGCGCCCAGGGCGGGCUUGUUGGCAGGGAAAGGGCUCCCGCGUCAUGAGGGCUGUUUGGGUUUCUCUCACCGGGAGGGCAGGAGGCAGACGCCAAGAGGAGAUUUUAAUUUCGUUGCCUCAAAUGAAAACGCUCUUUGCAAAGAAAUAGCCAGGCAGCCAGCAGGCGGAGCGAGGGGCUGGCCAGGACCCUCCAGGAAUGUAAUCGAGGAUGCUGGCCCUGCGGCUGCUUAACGUGGUGGCCCCCGCCUACUUCUUGGGCAUCUCGCUGGUGACCUUCGUGCUGCAGCUGUUUCUCUUCCUGCCCAGCAUGCACGAGGACCCCGCGGCCGCCCGGCUCGUCUCGCCUGCCCUGCUCCAUGGGGCCUUCUUCCUCUUCCUGUCGGCCAACGCCCUGGGCAACUAUGUCCUGGUCAUCCAGAACUCCCCGGACGACCUGGGUGCCUGCCAGGGGACCCUGGCUGGGAGGGACCCGUGCCCCGCCCCCAGCACCCACUUCUGUCGCGUGUGCGCCAGGGUCACCCUGAGGCAUGACCACCACUGCUUCUUCACCGGCAACUGCAUCGGCAGCAGGAACAUGCGGAACUUCGUCCUGUUCUGCCUGUACACCUCGCUGGCCUGCCUCUACUCCACGGUGGCCGGCGUGGCCUACAUCUCUGCUGUGCUCUCCAUCUCCUUCGCCCACCCGCUUGCCUUCCUGACACUCCUGCCCACCUCCAUCAGCCAGUUCUUCUCCGGAGCUGUCCUGGGUUCUGAGAUGUUCGUCAUCCUGAUGCUCUACCUCUGGUUGGCCAUCGGCCUGGCCUGCGCCGGCUUCUGCUGCCACCAGCUGCUGUUGAUUCUCCGGGGGCAGACUCGCCACCAGGCGCGGAAGGGGGUGGCCGUGCGGGCCCGGCCCUGGCGCAAGAACCUGCAGGAGGUCUUCGGAAAGAGGUGGCUGCUGGGGCUGCUGGUCCCCAUGUUCAAUGUCGGCAGCGAGAGCGCCAAGCCGUGGGACAAGUAGCAGAACGCCCACAGACCAGGCACCCUUGUCUCCCCAUUCCCGCGACAACGCGCGCCGGUAAAGAAACAAGGGCACCGAGAAGUUGUGUAACUUGUCCACAGCCUCACAGCUAGAAAGUGGCAGCACCA